AUGAUGAUUCCAUCAGGAGAGUGUACAUAUGCCGGUAGGAAGAGAAGGAAACCCAUUCAGAAGCGGAGGCUUACCAUGGGAGCUGAGAAAUCAAAUCCUUCCAAACGGCACCGGGACCGCCUCAAUACAGAGCUGGACCACCUGGCUAGUCUGCUGCCAUUUUCACCUGACAUCAUCUCCAAGCUGGACAAGCUUUCUGUCCUGCGGCUCAGCGUUAGUUACCUCAGAGUGAAGAGCUUCUUCCAAGCCUUGCAGGAGACAUGUAUAUGGUCAGCUCCAGCCCUGACACCUGAAGACCACUCAUACAGAGGGUUCCCCGUGCAGGAAGGACGGCUGCUGCUGGAGUCUCUCAAUGGCUUCGCUCUGGUGGUGAGUGCAGAAGGGAUGAUCUUUUACGCAUCGGCAACAAUUGUGGACUAUCUGGGCUUCCAUCAGACAGAUGUAAUGCAUCAAAACAUUUAUGACUACAUCCAUGUGGAUGACCGGCAGGACUUCUGCAGACAGCUACACUGGGCUAUGGACCCUCCUCAGGUGGUGUUUGGGCAGUCCCCACAUGCUGACACAGACAAUACCGUACUGGGGAAGCUGCUCAGGGCCCAAGAAGGGGGCAAGGGCUUGCCCUCAGAGUACUCGGCCUUCUUGACACGCUGCUUCAUCUGUCGUGUUCGCUGCCUGCUGGACAGCACCUCUGGCUUUCUGACUAUGCAGUUCCAGGGAAAACUAAAAUUCCUGUUUGGACAGAAGAAGAAGACACCGUCAGGAACAGCCCUGCCUCCUCGCCUCUCAUUGUUCUGCAUUGUGGCACCAGUCCUGCCUUCUGUGACUGAGAUGAAAGUGAAAAGCACAUUCUUGAAGGCGAAGCACAGGGCAGACAUUGUGGUUACGAUGGACUCAAGGACAAAAGCUGUUACAAAUCUGUGUGAAUCAGAAUUGCAUCCCAAACUCAAUUACUUAGCAGGAAGGAACAAUGGAGAAAAUGGCAUUUCACUGUUCAGGGGACAAACAGAAAGGAACCACUGGGCCAGGGCUCUAGCCAGGUCUUCAUGUCUGUGCCUCAGGGGUGCUCCUGACCUGCUGGACCCCAAGGGGGCUUCAGGGGACAGAGAAGAGGAGGACCAGAAGUACAUACUAAGGAGAUCCCCUGGUGCCCGGGGACAGAGGGAGAUGUACAAGUACAGUCAUGGCUUGGAGACACCAAUACACUUGAGGCACCUGAAUUGGAGCACAGAGCAGCGAAGUCAGGAGGGCACUACCAAGCUGACUCGGCAGCCCAGUAAGAAUGAGCCAUCCACAUGUUUGGUGCCCCAUGGUUCCUGUGUGUCCUACCCUGGAAGCCAGGGUAUGUUCAGUGCCAACAACAAUUCUUUCAGAGAUUCACUAGACCAUCCCACUGGUGCCUACUGCAGUCAGAUGAACAGACCCUUGCCGGAUAUCCAUCAGGGCCAGGUGGAUCUUUCUACCUGUCAUAUCCCACAGGGCAGUCUGGGAUCUAGGAUCCCCCUGCCUGGAAUGCAGCGCUUCACAGCCAGAGGAUUUUCUACAGAGGAUGCAAAAUUGCCCAGCCUGCCAGUGACCACAGGCACCCCAUGCAACCCAGUAUUGUCACUGGAAGUGCCAAUCAAGAUGGAGAAUGAAUCUGGGUCCCAGGAUAUAGUUGAAGCCAGCACAACUAGCUGUGUGUGGCUGGGAACCAGCGACAUGGCCAGAAGACAUCUGGUCGGUUUCCCUGCCAGGAUGCACUUGAAAACUGAGCCCGACUAUAGGCAGCAGGUCUGUACUCCACACCUUGGGCAUGGUAUGGUGGGAACUAAUCCCCACAGCAGAGAUACUGUUGGAUCCUGUAGGGAGCAUACUCCUCUUUACUCUGCACAUUGCACCUGCCUGGAUCCAGAGCCUCCUCAUCACCUCUUCAUGUGUAGCCACAGUGAGAGCCAGCACGCUUCUUUAAACCAAGACUGCAGAGCUCCUAUUGUUAAGCGUGAGCCUCUGGAUUCACCAUCAUGGGCUGCUCCUGGUCAGGUGACUGUGCCCAGGAUGUUCCCUAAGAGUGCCUCUAUAACUGUGAUCCCAUCCAAAGGCUCUGAUGGGAUUUUCCUAUCCUAG